AUGCAGAAGAGGCCAACAAUCCAUUGUUCCAGCUUCAGGAACACCAUGUCAGGUACCCUCCCAACUACCGCUCAGCCCACCAAUGCCACUGAGCUCAGCAACACCACCCAGCCCUCCAGCAGCUCUACAUCUGCCCCCUCUACUGCUCAGACCGUCCAAACCAGCAAGGCAAUAGUAUCUACCACAGGUUCAUCAGUUACAUCUUCACAACUCAAUGUUACGAUGACCAUUCCCAAGUUUUCUUCCACUUCUGUAACAGCUGCACCGAAAUCUAAAGCUGUUGUAGCCAAAACCUCUGGCUUUGAUGUGGGCAGUUUCAUAGGUGGGAUUGUGCUGACGCUUGGAAUCCUAGUUGUUCUCUACGUGGGAUGCAAAACAUAUCACUCUAGAAGAGGCAUUCAGUACAGAACAAUUGAUGAACAUGAUGCCAUCAUUUAAAGAGGCUUCAGAGAAGGCAGCGGAGGAAACCCAACCUAUCAAUCAAUCACAGCUGUUGUAACUUAUGCUAAGA